UAAAGUUCCUGAUUCGAUCUUUUCGUCUCGAACAUAAGAAAUAUUUCAUAUGUUUUUGUUUUCGGAGCUGCUUUGAAUCUCCAUUUGAUAUUCCAACUUUGAACGACGAGGCGAGCAUUUUAAUUUUCCCCAAUUUUCUGGGUUAUUUGGAUUUCAACGAGUCGGAUAAAUUUCCGUGCGGCGGAGUUGUUUCUGGAAGCAAGAAAGAUCGAAAUGCUCUUAACUUUUUGUGUCGAUUUUUUCUCAAUUUUCCUGGUUUUUCGUUUACCAAAUCGAAAAUUAGGACAUGGGUUUUGGUCAAUUUUUCGAUUUGAUAGUUUUUUCUCUUUCGGUGAAUUUUUGCAGGAUUUGUUUGUGGGAUUUGAGUUGUGCGUUUGAACUUGUAAAUGGGAUUUGAGAAAUUGGGUUGCUUUCGGAAUAUUGUUAUUUUUAUUUCUGGUUCUGUAAUUUCCAAAAUCCGUCUCAUUCGGAAAUUGCAUUCGUAGCUAAAUUUGGCAAAAUCGUGUAUUCUUCUUUGGGAAAGUUGGAUUUUUGACGAGUAAGAUUUUCUGGGUCUGAUUCGGUUUGUUGGUAUUGCGCGUCAAUAUUCAUUGAAUUUUACAGCUGUUAUACCUUACCUUUUGUUUGGUUGCCGAGAAAAUUCAGUAGUAUAAAAAGGAACAUUUGACUUUCCAAGAAAUCGGAACUGUUACUGAUUCAACCAAAAGAAUUAUACUUUGCUGAUGCCAUUUCCUGUUUCAGAUUUUUCUGCAUAUGUUAUGAAUGCUGAAACGUUUCCACUUCCACUUAUUGGGCUGGGUAUACUUAACGCAACUGGAAGGAGAUCUUUCUGUAGAAUGCUUUCAUGGUGGUUGUGGAGUGGAAAGCAAAAAGAGCCUAGAAUCCCAAAGGGGUCCUCUUUAAAUUCUUCCCCUGACUCGGGCAUGCGGGAAACUGAUGCGUUAAAGUUUCCUUCGGUGAAGGGGUCAAAUAUGGCCUCAUCAUCGUCGAGAAGGGUGAAACGCAGAUGGCAUAGUCGGGAAGAACGGAAAAUUGAUAGGGAAUAUGAUGUCGUUCUUGUGCCAUCUGAGGGUGGAUGUGUUUCUGGUUCUGAGUCCGUGGACUCGGAUUGGUCAGUUGGAUGGUUGGAGCCUCUUGGACCUGGGUUCCAGAGUGAUGACGAUGCAGACGAUAGUUUUGCCGUGCUGGUUCCAUGCUAUGGGCAUGUUAUUCAUGAUAUGGUGAAGGAUUCCAAUAACAAUAUCUUGAGCACAGUUGGGAACAUCCCAGAUGGUUAUUCAGAUGAGAGCACAAAAUAUAUGGAGGAGUGGCUCUCUUCUCUGAGGAACAGCUGAUGCCGGAUGAAAUGGAUACGAGCCUAGUUUGAUGUAAUUAUUAGUAGUACGGGACUGGCUAAUAUAACUUUGAUUAGCAGACAUGGAGUAUUAUGGAGGAUUCUAGUGCCACUAUUGCUGGAAGGUGGUUUGGUUUCGUGCUUCCUCUGCCAUGGGAUUGGCUGGGAAUAACGCUGCUGCUAGUGUCUUUCUCGCAUUUCAAAAUUAAGUAUGGUACUACUGUGUGUAUAGCUAAAAUCUCGAAAACGAAAAAAAAAAAGUUUUGGCUUGAGAAACUCUUAAGAAAAUGAAGAAAAAUGAGAAAAGGGAAAGAAGAGAACAGAUGGUAUGUGGGAUAUGUGAAUUGUUUGCGUUGAUUGUGAUUGUUGGAUGUAAAAAAAUGUGAAAGAAUGAGAGGUAGGCAGCUUAAUGCUUUACCCUAAUAUUUGUUUGUAAAUAAUUUGUUAGAAAGUGUAAAUAGUAUGUGUAUAGAAACUAAUGACUCUCUCAGAGCUUCUUCCCAAUCUUAUUGUAAUAUAUGUCAUGUUGUAAACAAUUUGUGAAUAAUAUUUAUAAGAAAAAAACUUGUAAAUAA